GAGUCGUCGCUGCCACGUUCUUCGACCGAGUCCCAACAGCAAAAAGAGAUGAUCAAGAGAGACGGCAGCAAUGCCCUGCCUGCCAUUUCUUCUACACCUCCUCCUAUCAUCUCUGCGUCUUCCAACUCCUCUUCUUCUUCCGCACCCCGCCUCUGUUCUUGCCCCAAAUGCAGCAUGAGCGUUGAGAUUGAGUUGUUCCGUCCAUCAGUUUCAUCGGCCCCGGGCGCAGGCAUUGCGUGGUUUGGUUCGAUUCUUCGUCUGAUCUUCCUGUGAUCUUAAGCAGUCACACAAUGAGAACUCUGCUCCAAGCUCGAGGCGGCGGCCCCGGCGCCGGCGCCGGUGGCGCCAUCGCAGCGGCGGCGGGCGGCGCAGCAAACACGCUGCCAACCUCGGGCGCCACCCCUCCCCCCUCCUCGUCCACCGGCUCUUCGUCGCCGCCGCCUCCCGACUCCAACUCUAACUCCGACCCUCCUCCUCCUUCCCCCUCGUCGUCCUCUGCUCCUCCGCCGCCUUCCCCAUCAUCCCCACCACCUUCCCCGUCUUCUCCCCCACCGUCCCCGCCUAUUGCGCCGCCUCCUUCACCGGCGGCGUCCCCUCCGCCUCCACCAGAGGCAUCGCCGCCCCCGCCGCCGGUGGCGUCCCCUCCCCCUCCACCACAGGCAUCGCCGCCUCCGCCACCCUCUCCCGUGCCCCCGCCUCCCGCAGCCACCGCGCCGCCCCCAACGGAAAACGCCGCGCCCCCACCUUCCCCCACUCCACCGCCAUCGUCCGCUCCAUCGCCGCGGUCACACGCCAAACCGCCAUCUCCAUUAAGAUCUUCUCCCCCUCCUCCUCCUCCUCCUCCAUCCGCAGAGCCAACAGCGUCCCCAGCGGACGACACGCCGCCGCCGCCGCAAUCGGACGUGCCCUACCCCCCGCCUCCGUCCGCGCGGACGAGCUCGCCCGCCGCCGCACGCUCGCCUCCUGCCGCCGCGUCCGCAGUGGACACGACAAGAAACACGAGCGUGCCGCCCAGCAGCAGCAGCGGGCUGAGCUCCGGCGCGACGGCGGGCGUGGCGGUGGUGGCCGUGAUCGCCUUCCUCUGCUUCGCGGGCGUGUUCGUGUGCCUCUCCAAGCGCCGCAAGCGCAAGUACAAUGAUCUCUACUACCACGGCUACGCGCCGCCGCCAUCGUCGUCCUACGGCACGCCGCGGCACAUGUCGGGCGAGGCGCCGUUCCUGCGCGUGCCGUCGGGCCCGGGGUCGUCCAACUUCAGCAGCAACCAGCAUCAGCAGAGCAUGUCGCCGAUGACGAUGCCCGCGAGCCAGUCCCAGUCCUACGGGAACCAUCAACAGCAGCAGCAACAGAGGUUCGUCUCCGCAAACUACAGCAGCACGAUGGGGAGCCAAGGCCCGGGGCGGAGCGUGGCGGCGGCGUCGGGGGAGCUGAGCGUGGGGAACAGCAAGGCCUUCACGUUCGACGAGCUGUACGAGAUCACCGGCGGGUUCUCGCGCGACAAGCUGCUCGGGGAAGGCGGGUUCGGGUGCGUGUACAAGGGCACGCUGGGCGACGGCAGGGUCGUGGCCGUGAAGCAGCUCAAGGGCGGUGGCGGGCAAGGGGAGCGCGAGUUCCAGGCGGAGGUGGAGAUCAUCAGCCGCGUGCACCACCGCCACCUCGUCUCGUUGGUCGGGUACUGCAUCUCCGAGGACCACCGCCUGCUCGUCUACGACUUCGUCGCCAACGACACCAUGCACCACAACCUCCAUGGCAGGGGACGGCCCGUCAUGGACUGGCCCACCCGGGUCAAGAUCGCCGCUGGGUCGGCGCGCGGACUGGCCUACCUGCACGAGGAUUGUCAUCCGAGGAUCAUCCAUAGGGAUAUCAAGUCAUCGAACAUCCUGCUCGAUGAUAACUUUGAAGCUCAGGUCGCGGAUUUCGGGCUGGCCAGGCUGGCAGAGAACGACGUCACCCACGUCUCCACGCGUGUCAUGGGCACUUUCGGGUACUUGGCUCCAGAGUAUGCGUCGACAGGGAAGCUGACGGAGAAAUCGGACGUUUUCUCCUUCGGCGUCGUGCUCCUGGAGCUCAUCACCGGCAGGAAGCCCGUCGACUCGUCCCGUCCCCUCGGCGACGAGAGCCUCGUGGAGUGGGCGAGGCCGCUGCUGAACCGCGCCAUCGACGAGCAGGAGUUCGAGGAGCUGGUGGACCCGCGGCUCGGCGGCGACUACGACGACGUGGAGAUGUUCCGCGUGAUCGAGGCGGCGGCGGCGUGCAUCCGGCACUCGGCGGCGAGGAGGCCCAAGAUGGGGCAGGUGGUCAGGAUCCUCGACAGCCUCACCCUCAACGACGUGGACCUCACCAACGGCGUGCAGCCCGGGAAGAGCCAGAUGUUCAACGUCGCCAACACGGCCGACAUCAGGCAGUUCCAGAGGAUGGCGUUCGGCAGUCAGGAUUUCAGCUCCGAGUAUACCCAGUCCAGGGCCAGCAUGAGCGGCAGGAGGGAUUUGUAGCACGCACAAAAGAAAUACCCAGGGGCUCUGCACGAUUUUGUUUCCGGUGAUUUGUUCAUUCUUUAUGAUUAUUUUUCUUUUUACAGUGAAUCUUUAAUGUAUGUUCGUUUCUUUGAUGCGUUCAUUGACAGGGUACAUCCUCAUUGUUAUGUAAUUUUAGGGGGGGUUUUGUGAAGAGAGAUGUCAUGUUUCGUCACAAUUUGUCAUCUGAAAAUAUGAACUCUUACCACU